AUGUCCAUGAAGAGAUCACGAGAAGAAUCUCAAGGUGGCGGCAACCAUAACAGAUUUGUUGAUGAGGGACCACGUCUAAACUUGCCUCUAACAAAAACUCCGGAACUUAUCAACAAGAUUGAAAGUUACCUCAAAGUACACUACACAUGUCCUCAUCAACAAACAGAGAACUCAUCAAAGACAUCAACUCUUCCCAAGUCUCCUGAGAAACUAAAAGCUAUGAAUUUCCCAAUCUCCACGAUCAAGAUUGGCGACUGUGUCUUCGUUGCCAAAAACCCUGAUGACAUUGUGGCCAAAUUCUAUUUUGCAAAGAAGAAACUUUUAUGGGAGUUUCUCUUCGGAGAACCAGUGGCUAACAUGCCGAGGCUGAAGAGUAAGAUCGAGAUUCAAUGGAAUGAUGUCUCAUCUUUUGAAGAGAGUAUUAAUUCACGUGAUGAAACUGGAAUCCUCAAAAUCGAGUUGAAAAAACGUCCAACAUUCUUCACAGAGACUAAUCCACAGGCAGGAAAACACACUCAAUGGAAACAAUUGGAUUACGAUUUCACCGGAGAUCAGGCUUCUUAUUACAGGAGACAUACACUUCAUUUUCCUCCCGGAGUUCUGCAAAAGAACUUGGAGAAGCUUCUGACCGACAGCUUCUGGUCCAAACUCUAUAAAGUCCCUUUCCCGGUACAUGAAUCUCUUUACUUCGAUAUUGGCUUUGAAAACAACAACUCAUCUAACGGCCACAGCAAGACAGUUGGCUUCAACGUCAACAAUGGCCUUCAACAUGACUUUUCUCAAGUGAGAGACUUAAAAGAAAGAAAAAAAAUCAUUACUUUGAUAGGAAUUGGUGGCGUGGGAGAGGGAGAAGGAAACUUUAGCAUGGCUAACGGUGGAUGGCAAAGAAACUCAUAUAGUCAUGUCAAUAGUCUGAAUUAUAACACUGAUAAUGGGUUGCUUGGGAUGCAAGCUAUCCCACCAUCGUCUCAGGUGGCUAACGAGCAUUAUAAUAACACGCAAAACGAUUACACCGGCUCACAGUUUGGUUAUCGGAUGAACCAAGACGAGAUCCAAAAGAUGCAAAGAAUAGGGAAGAUACUUGAGAGUCAAGCAUAUGCAGUACCUGAUACACAAACUAAAUUGACGUCUUCAGGCAUGAACAAUGGCCCAAUGUAUCCUCCGGCUGGAUCGUAUCUAGAAAGCAGAUUGCUUGAAGAAUGGUAUGAACAUACAAGAAGAUUUCAGCAGUAGACAUAAUUAGGGUUUUGUUGAGCUAUGGAUCAAUGAUGAUGGUUCUCUUGAGUCUUGUAAAUAAAGUGCACAAAUCGCAACUUUAAUUACAACUCUGUUUUCGGAUCUACUAUUUGGUUUUAUUUUGUAAUUAGGCUGGUUCAAGUUGUGUCUCGAGCCUGCGGGGCUUGGACCUUGAAGUCUCUUCUCGAUCUCAUCUUCGAUCAAUGGCCCGGCCCUUCUCUGUUUAAAAAAUACUCUGUGUCAACAGUUUUGUCUGCAUGGAUGGUUAGUCACCCUUUUGAACCUUGAUAAAUUGCCAUCAAAUUCCUCUUC